CUCAGCUCUACAGACGGGCAGGAUGUGGAAACUGCUUCUGAUCGCGGCUGUAGUCGUCUGGCCGGCCUCGGCACAAGGUGAACAGGUGUACCUGGUCACACAUGACACCUGGGCCUUUUAUAAGGUUCGUGUGAACGGAUCGAUGACUAAUACAAACGUGAAAUCGACUUGUACGGCUGCGGGGAUGGACUAUCCGUGCCACUGGUCAGGUGCUGCUGGGUGUACCAGCCACUGGACCUCAGACUGCAUCACGUAUGUCGGUACCGGUAGUUACCCCUGUCACACCCACGCGGUCCUCUCCACUAAACUGUGUGGACACGAUGAACCCUGGGAGUGCCAGCCCCUUGAUGACACCUUUGUGUACUACCCUGGCUGGGGUGAUCACAGCGCCUGGGGAGUGGACUACAACACUCUAACCUAUCUCCUGCAUUUAGCAGACAACAACAACAUGUAUGCCCUGUGUGCAGACAUCGACGACUGCCUGUCCUCCCCAUGUGCACACGGAACCUGUACUGACGGCGUGGCGAGUUACACCUGUAGCUGUGAGAACGGCUGGACAGGGAACAACUGUGAUCAAGACAUCGAUGAGUGCAUGUCCUCCCCAUGUGCACACGGAACCUGUACUGACGGUGUGGCGAGUUACACCUGUAGCUGUGAGAACGGCUGGACAGGGAACAGCUGUGAUCAGGACAUUGACGAGUGCGCGAGCAAUCCUUGUCAGCUGGGAGGAACCUGCCUGGAUCACGUGAACGGCUACAGCUGUGUCUGUCCUAAAGAAACCACUGGGAAGGACUGUGAAACUGCAUCUUUUGCCGGGGACUGCUACCAGUUCUCGACCUCAGCUGCCACCCAUCGGGACGCCACCCAGGCCUGCAGUGCCAACAGCGGCCGCAUGGUGGACCUGAGAGACCCGCAGCAGCAACAGUUCCUGGCGAACACCAUCGCGGCCUCCACCGGCGUCUCCAACUGGCUCGCCAUGAAAACCGCGCCGCUGCCUUUCUUUUACAGCGAUGGAUCGCCUGUUCAAGCUCCCCUGCAGUGGUCAGUAGACGAAGUCUCGUCCCCGCUGGACCUGUGUGUUCUCCUGGACAGCUCCGACAACUACAAGGCGAACAAGGCGUUCUGCACCGAGCAGCACAACUACGUCUGCAUGUCCGUCCUCAAACCGUGUGAGCCAAACGUGUGUCAGAACGGCGGAAACUGCACCUCCUGCUUCGGAGACUCUACCAAUUACUGUGACUGUCCGGACGGGUUCGACGGCAAGACUUGUGAGAUAAACAUUGACGAGUGCGCCUCCGGUCCAUGCCAAAAUGGCGGGAGUUGCCAUGACGACGUUAACUCCUACCACUGCGUCUGCCCAAUCGGUUACCAAGGAGACCACUGCGAGUCAGACACGGACUGGUGUUCCCAAGUCCAGUGUCCUCUCGGGUUCAUCUGUCAGGACUUCACCUUCUACUUCAUCUGCGCCCGCGAACAGGUGUACCUGGCCACACAUGACACCUGGGCCUUUUAUAAGGUUCGUGUGAACGGAUCGAUGACUAAUACAAACGUGAAAUCCACUUGUACUGCUGCGGGGAUGAGAUAUCCGUGCUACAUGUCAGGUGCUCCUGGGUGUCCCUCCUACCACUGGACCUCAGACUGCAUCACGUAUGUCGGUACCGGUAGUCACCCCUGUGAAACCCCCUGGGUCCUCUCCACUAAACUGUGUGGACAUGAUGACCCCGAUCAGUGCCAGCCCCUUGAUGACACCUUUGUGUACAUCCCUGGCUGGCCGUCUGGUGACAGCGCCUUGGGAGUGGACUACGACACUCACACCUACCACCUGCUGGGAGCGAACUACAUCAACAUGUACGCCCUGUGUGCAGACAUUGACGAGUGCGCGAGCAAUCCUUGUCAGCUGGGAGGAACCUGCCUGGAUCACGUGAACGGCUACAGCUGCGUCUGUCCGAAAGAUGCUACCGGGAAGGACUGUGAAACUGGAUUUUUUGCUGGAGAAUGUUACCAAUUCUCCACCACCGCCGCUGCCCACCCUGACGCGGCCCGAGCCUGCCAGGCCCAGAGCGGACACCUGGUGGAUGUGAAGGACGGGCAGCAGCAAACUUUCCUCGCGGACACGAUCGCGGCUGCCACCGGAGCCUCCACCUGGCUCGCGCUCAAAACUGCACCAACCGAACCGGUGUUUUUCUACAGUAACGGAGCUCCCUUUUCUGUCCUGACACUGUGCGGGCAGAACGUCUGUCAGAACGGCGGAAUCUGCACCUCGUGCUUCGGAGACUCCGUCGCCUUCUGCCAGUGUCCUGCCGGGUUCGACGGCAAGACUUGUGAGAUAAGGGUUGGCGUGUGUGCUUCCAACCCCUGCCAAAAUGGCGGGAGUUGUCAUGACGACGUCAACUCCUACCACUGCGUCUGCCCAACCGGUUACCAAGGAGACCACUGCGAGUCAGACACGAACUGGUGUUCCGAGGUCCAGUGUCCGAAUGGUUUUGUCUGCCAGGACUUCACGUUCUACUUCCUCUGCGCCCACCCCUCUCCCGUCGCCCGCGGGUUCCCGUACCAGUGUAGCAGCGCCUCCUGUCCAGACGGCAUGUACUGCACCCAGGAGGGCGCGGCAGCCUUCUCCUGCAGGCCUGAGGAGUGACGUCAUGACCGAACCCUCCCACGUGACGACCAGCAGCCAAUGGCUGCCUACAUGCGAGCCUUGAAAGUUUUCUGAGUUUUGUUUUUGGUCUGAUCUAGAGUCUAACUAGAGUUCCACGAUUUCAUACCUUCGCCAAAUGAUAUGUUAAUCUUUAUGACUGAUGAAUUAAAGAUUAUUGGCAUGAUGAUACAAAUAAGAUC